UUGAUAAAUCCAUCAUUGUCUAUCACUAUUUAUUGUCAUGGUGGACAUCGACUCCCUCUCCAGCAAAUGCGUGCCAACCUCUGUAAGCUCAACAUCAACACUCGCCGCAUUUUAGGUAUUCAUUAUGACGACAAGGUGGUUAGCUUCCUCAUUCACGACGAAUAUGAGUCCGAGUUACGCAUAUAA